AUGGACCCCGACGAUGAAAGAACUUCUCUACUGGCUCAAUGGGAAUACUGCAACAACGUCAUCUUCCACCGUAUAAUCCCCAACUUCAUGAUCCAAACGGGCGAUCCGAUAGGGACUGGCCGAGGUGGUUCAAGUAUCUAUGGCGACAAGUUUACCGAUGAGACCAGCCCGUCCUUGAAGCAUACUGGUGCAGGUGUGCUCGGCAUGGCCAACAGCGGGAAGGACAAGAAUGGCAGUCAAUUUUCCAUCGCGCUGGCGAAGAAUCUUUACCACCUACGCCCCUCCAACCUUUUACCGCGACCCUUGCUCCUAGAUUUCCUUCGCCGGCAUAUGAGCCUGUGCAAUCUGUCGACGUUUUGUUCAAGGCCAAAGACGUGGCCACGAACCCGUGGUUGGUGGUCGGACUGGGCUGCUAUCCUCACUCCGUCAAUGUUCCUCUCGCCUGCGAUCCUGGCUGGCGCCGGACUCUACACUGUUGGCAUAAUGGGUUCGAUCGCAUUUACCCGCGCCACGACCGUCCGCACGCUCGCCUGGACGGACGAAUCUCGAACCGACCGCUACGAACACGAUUCGAUCACAUACGAAAGCAUCAUUCGGAAACUCUUGCGCCCAGCAGAUCUGGCAGCUCCAAAUGCGCAAGCUGUACAAAGACGAGCCAGUCAGCAGAAAAGUGUCGAGGCCCAAGUGGCUUUGAGAAGGCGUAGCACCAGGCUUUGA